UUUUUUUUUUUUUUUUUUUUCCUCUCGUUAUGAGAGCUUUCGUCACACGUCUUUCGUCGUCUGCUUCUGGGCGGCUGCUGCUGUUGUUGCUGUGGAUGUUUCAACAUGUUGAUGUUGGUGUUGAUGUUGUUGUUGCGACAACAAAAAACGAACACAGACACAUACGCAAACAGAGACACAAACAAACAAAUAUGUAAUUGUAAAGAUUAAGUCGAGAAAAAAUAUGAUAUAACGUAAGCCAACAUAAGGGAAUGGAGGGGUAAUGGAUGAUGAUGAGUGUGUGAUAGGUUGGGUGGAGAUGAGAAGAAUCUCACCCCGCUGAUGUGAUGGAGUGUGGUCCCUGGCGGGGCGGGCGGGACGGGACGGCGCGGCACUCAGUGGAGGCACGAGGAUCAAGACGAUGACAGCAGGCAGAGGAUCAUGACGGACUACCCUGCAACCUGUCAUGCACCGUGCCAUGGCUAUCACUGGAGCAAGCAAGCCACCGUCUACGCACGACAAUGAGGCCGCCGCCGCCGCCGCGCGCCUACAGGCGGCGCAGCGCACGUAUGGGCGGGGCGCAGAGCAGAAGAUCCGCACGCGCAACAUGAAGGACAAGAAGCUGCGGGCGGCGGUGAAGCGGGAGGAGCAGAAGGCGCGGGACGCGGCGGUGAAGGCGGCGGACGCGGAGAUUCUGCUCGAGCAGGGCAGCGGGUACCUGGAGGCGGAGGGGGAGCUGGAGCGCACGUACAAGGUGCGGCAGCGCGAGAUCCAGGCGGGCGUGGCGGUCGAGACGGCCAAGAAGGGCUUCGAGCUGCGCCUCGAGGGCAUGGGGCCCUACGUCGCGGAGUACACGCGCAAUGGGCGCGGCUUGCUGCUCGCGGGCCGCAAGGGGCACGUCGCCACGGUGCGCGACUGGCGCGACGGCACGCCCGGCUGCGAGCUCCAGCUCGGCGAGACGGUGCGCGAUGCCAAGUGGCUGCACAACGAGCAGUUCUUUGCCGUGGCGCAGGCGCGCGCCGUCUACAUCUACGACGCGCAGGGCGUCGAGAUCCACAAGCUGGCCAAGCACGUCGACCCCACCUUUCUCGAGUUCCUGCCCUACCACUUCCUGCUCGCCAGCGUCGGCAAUGCCGGAUACCUCAAGUGGACGGACACGUCGACGGGCGACAUGGUCAUGGAGCUUCCCACGCGGCAGGGCGCGCCCACCGCGCUGGCCCAGAACCCGCACAACGCGGUGCUGCACGUCGGGCACCAGAACGGGCAGGUGACGCUGUGGUCGCCCAACAGCAGCGAGGCGCUGGUGAAGGUGCUGGCGCACCGCGGCCCCGUGCGCAGCAUCGCCAUGGACCGCGAGGGCCGCUACAUGGUGACUUCGGGGCAGGACGCGAAGAUGGCCGUGUGGGACAUCCGCAUGUUUCGCCCCGUGCACGACUACUUCCUGCGGCAGCCGGGCGCCUCGGUCGCCAUCUCCGACCGCAACCUCACGGCCGUGGGCUGGGGCACGCAGCUCAGCAUCUGGAAAGACCUGUUCAGCAAAUCGCUGUCCGACCAAGAAAUCGCGCAGCAAAAAGUCCAGGCCCCGUACAUGGCCUGGGGCGGCGAGGGGCAGCACGUCGCGCGCGCGCGCUGGUGCCCGUACGAGGACGUCCUCGGCGUCGGCCACGACAAGGGCUUCAGCUCGCUCCUGGUCCCCGGCGCCGGCGAGCCCAACUUCGACGCCCUCGUCGCAAACCCCUACGAGACGACCAAGCAGCGCCAAGAAGCCGAGGUGCACUCGCUGCUGCAGAAGCUCAAGCCCGAAAUGAUAUCGCUCGACCCCAACUUCGUGGGUAACAUCGACCUGGCGUCGGCGGAGACGCGUAAGCGCGAUCGCGAUCUGGAUGCUAAGCCGGAGGAUCCCGUCGAGAAGCUGAAGCAGAAGGGCAGGGGCAAGAAUAGUGCGCUCAGGAAGUAUUUGCGCAAGCGCGGCCAGAAGAACGUCAUUGAUGAGAAGAGGCUGCGUGUGCAGCAGGCGUAUAAGGAGCAGAAUAAGCGCGAGAAGGCGGGGUUGGAGCGCGAGAGGGCGGCGUAUGGACCGGCGUUGGCGCGGUUUGCGCGAAAGGGCGCGUAG